AUGCCUGGUGGGCGACACCCUGGCCUAUCACGACUCCUCCUUCUGGGUUCAAUCGUUGGAUCAUCAUCGCUUGUUUCGGCAACUUCACAGGAUGGAGUAUUUCAGAAGUCGUUGUGGUCGUACGUGGACCCUUUGAUCGGUACCGUCGGCUCGCGCCCUGGUUCCGCGAUUGCAGGCGGCAACUCAUUCCCUGGUGCGAGUCUACCGUGGGCGAUGGCGAAGCCUGGAAUCGACACGAGCUAUAUCGGACUUCCAAAUGGCAGCGCAGUGGACGCAAAUGCUGGAUACACUCCCCUAGGCAACGUGACAGCCGUGAGCAUGACCCACGUCAGCGGAUCUGGCGGAGCGCCAACAUAUGGAUUGAUAUCGCAGAUGCCACUCUUCGGCAGUCUAGCCUCUGUGAAUCUCGCCGACAAUAUGACUUAUGCCCAGAAUCGCAGUCUUGACUUAGAAUCUGCGACAGUGGGCCUAUUUACUACGACUCUGCAGAAUGGCAUCAAGAUUGAGAUAACUUCCGGUAAUCACACUGGGUACAUGCGAUACACUUUCCCAGAGUCGGGAACAACUUCAAAUGUUUCAUCUACCUUGUCAAUGGCGGGAGCCGACGCAGCUCAUGAACAGGACACGCACAUACUGGUAGAUCUUACGCAUGUUCUUCCAGCCUAUUCCUCUAUGGCCUAUUCGCAAAAGUUUCUGCGCGGAGAGUUGCAUAUUCCAUCGUCUCCCAAUGCGUUGCCGUCAUAUCAUGGAUAUGCAACCUACACAGGCGGAUGGCCACAGCCUGAUUCUCACAUGAUCCACUUUUGCGGAAACUUCAGUGUACCCGCAAACUCUGUAUUAACCCCAACAUCAGAAUAUAUCCAGGGUGAGCACUCAGGCAUCGCUUCUGGUGCUGGCACAUUCAGUUGGCAAUAUAACCCUUUCUCGCCGCCGACAACUCGACCGAUCCUCAGGGGAUAUCCUGAUGUGCGAUCCUACGCUGGAAGCGGGAUGGGCCUCGGUGCUCUGUUUAGCUGGUCGCCGACAGAGGCGCAAGUGAACGGGACCCUUACGCUUGAGUCCAAAGUUGGCAUCUCUUAUAUCAGUGCUGCCCAAGCAUGCUCGCACAUUGAAAACGAGCUUCCUGGUACGAGUUCUUUUGAGGACAUCAUAGACCAAGCAAGAGAGGAAUGGGAAAUGAAAGUCUUGAGCAAAAUACAGAUCGGAGACGACGGGGAUGCCACAAGCAACAACGCGACAUUGAAACAUAUGUUAUAUUCAGCCCUAUAUCAGACAGGUCUGAUGCCGACGGACAAGACCGGUGAGAAUCCUGUGUGGGAUUCAGAUGAUACAAAGCCAUAUUAUGACGAUCACUAUACUCUGUGGGACACAUACCGGACCUUGUUACCUCUGUACCAUCUGAUCUUUACAAAGCCAUACUCCCGCGUUCUGUCUGGACUGAUCUCAAUCUUCACUGAAGAAGGCUAUUUACCGGCAGGACGGGCAGCCAAUUGGAACGGCCGAGUCCAAGGUGGCACGCACGCAGAUAUCGUACUAGCUGACGCUUUCGUAAAAAGCGUUCGUGCACUAUCCGGUGAGACAGGGCGUGGCGAGCUUGACAGCGCAAUCGAUUGGCAGGAGGCCUACAGGGCAGUGAUGAAAGACGCAAAUAUGAUACCCGAGCGCAACCUUGAUCCGGUAGCAUUUGAUGGGGCUACCAAGGAGGGAAGAGGGGCGUUAGACGACUAUCUGUCCCUUCAGUUUAUCACGCGCAAUCACACUCGCAGCAUUUCUCGCGGCGUCGAGUAUCCGCAGAACGACUUUGCGAUCUACAGUAUGGCGCGAGGGCUUAAUAAAUCUCGAGAUGAGGUCGAUCAAAUGCGUUCCCGGGCGAACUGGUGGCAGAAUCAAUGGAAUCCCACGGCUAAUACAACUCUUGACGGUAUCGGCACGUUCACUGGGUUUCCAGGUGCCAGAAAUGCCGAUGGUACGUGGAAUGUCACAGCUUAUGACCCACUCAGUUGUGGCACUUGCGGUUGGGAUGCCGAUAUAUACGAGGCCAAGGUCUGGGAAACUGCAUUUAGUGUCGCUCCGCACGACAUGGCUAAAGUCAUUAACCUGAUGGGUGGCGAUGAGACUUUCGUCCGUCGACUAGACGCUAGUUUCGUCCCUGGUUUCGGCACGUCGGUUGGUGCCAAUAACGACGCUGGCUCCGCCCUUUUCAAUCCCGGCAAUGAACCAUCUUUCGCGACACCGUUCCUCUACAACUACGUACCUGGAAUGCAUUGGAAGACAGUCAAUCAAACACGCGCCACGGUGGACGCUUUCUACAGCGAUGCGCGCAAUGGGUACCCGGGAAAUAUUGACGGCGGCGCGCUACCCAGCUGGCUGAUCUUCAAUCUUGUGGGCAUGUACCCCAUGCCCGGUCAGGCGCUCUACCUUCUCUCCGCUCCUCGGUUCUCGUCACUCAACGUUUCGCUCUUCAGCGGAACGGCGGUCGAGACUUCACUGACUGUUUUGGCACGGAAUCUGUCCAGCACGAGCUAUUACCCGCAGAAAGUCACUUGGAACGGAGUAGAGCUCGACCGAGCUUGGCUCAAGCAUGGAGAGAUCGCGCAGGGAGGUGAGUUGGUGUUCUACAUGGGCGAAGAGCCUGCGAGAUGGGAUGUUGGUGAGCGGCCGUGGUCUUUGUCAGCAUGGCCGUAA